AUGAGUAAAAAACUAUCAACACGUACUCGUAAAUUUCUUAGAUCAGAUGCUACCCGCUUGUCACCUGAAGCCAUUGAAGAAAUCAGAAACGCUCAGAAUAAUAUUCCAAAUGCUCGACGUAUUAUGUGUAAAAAACAUCAUAUAGGGGCAGCGACAUAUCAAAAAAUCAUUGAUAAUCAAAGGCCUCCUGAACCAACUGAAGAGUGGUGUAGAAUCCUAGAAUCUGUUAGCAUCUCUGAUCGAAUUUCAGAAAAUAACCAGGAAUCUUUACAGCCGGUAAGUACUGAGCAUGAUACCUCUUCUUCUAAUAUACAAGAAGAUGAGGUCAUUCAUAUAAAGCACCCUGGAGAUAAUAAAGAUGAUGCAAAUUCUCAUAUAAGGCUGAAUACAGUAACUAGUGAACGAAAAGAUAAGGUUAGUCGAAAACAAAAAAUUAGUAUGAAGGCAAAAGGUGAAUCUUCUCCAGUGAAAAAAAAUAGAAUAACCAAUUCUUCCAAAGAUGAUACAUCUAGACGGGAAUCUGAUAUUGAAAAAUUAAUGAAUGAUGCUAAAAGAUUAGCUCCUAUUCUCCCAUCUUUGUCUCA